AUGGGCGCGUUUCGCUGGCCGAAGGUUCGCUUUCGAAGCAAGGGCGUAUACGUCGAAGGGCGGGGCAGCGUCGAGGGUGGAGAGAAGAAGAAAUACGUUCUCGACCUCGCUUUCUUGCGCGAAAUUGAUCCCAAGACGUCCUCGUUCGCUGUCAGGAGUCGCUCCAUCGAGAUUCACAUGCCGAAGAAGAAGCAGGAGCCGUGCUGGCGAGCCUUGGGGCCUCUCUUCACGCCGCCGCCGGCCUUUUUGAAGCGGGAGUUUGUCGAUCGAGACAGCGAACUUUGGGAGCGGAAAUUCGCAGAAAAAGGCAACACUCCAGGAGAACAGUUUUUUGAGGACCACCGACCCUCGGGCGUCCAUCCGGACCUCUGGAACAAGAUUAUCCGCGAUCUCCGCAGGCGCGCCGUCGAUCCUUCGCACGCUCGUGAAGACGCAAGCCUGCAAGCGGAGAUCGCGGCGGCGCAGACGCGAUGA